AUGAGAAGCGCUCAGGAGACUCUGUUGGAGGAGGGCAAAAACAUUGGCUCGGGGUCGUCGAUGGACCUUGACGGACUUGACUUACAUCUCUCCUUGCUGGCCUCGAAGAGCGAUCUCACCAAGAUACCCACAUCCGCCGCCCGCGCUCCAGAUAUCUAUUCGUUAGCCAACACCGGUCCUUCAACAUCAAAGGGCACUCCCAAAACGGAAUCUGAAAUUGUUGUGCUGGUAGAUGAUAUGGAUACCGAUAUGAAUAGCACCGCAUCUGGCCUCGUAACACAGCCAGAAUCUGAGUAUCCCUCAGGUCAAGAGAGUGUAGCCAACCCGAAACUCCUUGGAUUCCAAGAAAGCUCGAGGAAAUCCCUCGGGUCGUCGGCGUCUGCUAUAUCGGAGCAGUCAGAUCUCUCUUCUCCACCAGCCUCACCGUCUAGUAAGGCAACAACGCCGGCUCAUGUGACAGACACCAAAGAGUCAUUAGAGACCCCCAGUCGCCCGAUUGCCACCGAUGUCACGAGGUCGCAGAGACCAACACCGUCGAGGCGCAAGUUUAAUGUGCGCCCCAGGGUGUCCAUUCCGACGGAUAUCGCACCCUUUGACUACGCAAAUCAGUGCAUCGCAGCUGCUGAGCACUCGAGACUGAACCCAUAUGCACUACACCAAGAAGAGUACUCGAUGCUGCGCGAACAUAUCAGCCACGCGCAGGUGACGACCUACCUCAAUAUUCGAAACGGCAUCCUGAGACUAUGGCUGAAUAAUCCACGCAUCGGAGUUGCCCGUGAAGAGGCGAUUGGUUGUGCAAAGGACUCCCGAUGGUUUGAUGUCGCAAACGUGAGCUACGAAUGGCUCCUACGUCGGGGCUUCAUCAAUUAUGGCUGCGCGGAAGUUCCUUCAUCGAAGACUCGACGCUACAAGGGUCCCCCGAAACGGAAAGGUAAGACUGUCGUAGUCAUUGGCGCCGGUAUGUCUGGACUUGGAUGUGCCAGGCAGCUGGAGACUCUAUUCAAACAGUAUGCAGGCCAAUUUCAGCAACUGGGAGAGGAGGUACCAAAGGUUAUUGUGCUUGAAGGGCGAAGUCGUCUCGGCGGCCGCGUCUACUCGCGAGCUGUCAACGGGAGCCAAUGUCAGCGCUUGAUAGGCUUCAAGGGCCAGCGUCAUAGCGUCGAAUGUGGUGGCAUGAUCAUCACGGGAUUCGAGCGAGGCAAUCCUCUAAAUGUCCUGUUGAGAGGUCAGAUGGCAUUGCCCUACUACGCACUGCGGCCGGAGACCAACUUGUACGAUACCAAUGGAAAACCGGUCGAUGCGCAAAGGGAUCUUUUAGUUGAAAGACUUUUCAACGACUGCCUUGAAAGGGUUAGCGAUUACAAGUUUAAGAGCCCACCAUCAAAACUCAUCGAGGGCAACAGAGACUUAAUGGAUGAAGGCAGAGACAGUGCCUCUGAAGGGAACAAGACAAUUGCCCAUGUCGAAGAGACGACGGCGUCGAUGCCUCAAGCGGCACCUGUCUCCGAGCAGAGCUUGGCUCCGCAGGUCAACCUUGUCCCCGUGUCCACCGACAAGGCUACCGGCAAGACGCAUGUUGAGCCGGGGACCGCUGCUGCUCUGAAAGCAGCCUUCAAAGCGAAGCUGAUGGGUUGGGCUUUAAAGGAAGGCAUCCUGGAAGACCGCGAUUUAGAACUCGACACAGCGGCAAAAUCACCCGAUGUGACUUUGGGUUCACUUAUAGAUGAAGCAAUUACCCAGUAUCGGGAUAUAAUCGACCUCACGCCCCAGGACUAUCGAUUAAUGAACUGGCACAUUGCCAAUCUGGAGUACAGCAACGCAACAAACCUGAAGAACCUCAGCCUGGGUGGCUGGGAUAUAGAUGCAGGUAACGAGUGGGAAGGCAAGCACACUAUGGUCGUAGGCGGCUAUCAGAGCGUGCCAUGGGGACUGGCUCAUGCGCCAUCGGCGUUAAAUAUCCGAAAGGACAGUGCCGUCAAGAAGAUCACAUAUAAUGCGGAGGGUAAUGGUACUGCGAGGGUGGAAUGUGAGGAUGGGUUCUCGAUCGAUGCCGACUACGUUGUAUCAACUAUCCCAUUGGGUGUGCUCAAACACGGAAGUGUCAAAUUUGACCCCCCUCUACCGGCAUGGAAGACAGAUGCCAUUAGCCGUCUUGGAUUCGGCAUACUGAACAAGGUCAUAUUGGUCUAUCAGGAGCGGUUCUGGGACACAAGUCGCGACAUUUUCGGUGUCUUGCGAAGUCCGUCUUCGCGGCAUAGCCUCAAACAGAGCGACUAUGCCUCGCAGCGCGGUCGCUGCUUUCAGUGGUUUGAUGUGUCCAACACGAGUGGUGUACCGGUCCUCCUGGCUCUCAUGGCUGGAGAUGCUGGUUUCGACACAGAGUAUACUAAGAACGACGAGCUUGUUAGUGAGGCCACCGAGGUCCUACGCAGUGUUUAUGGUGCCAAAGUUCCACAGCCAGUGCAUGCGGUCGUCACCCGUUGGGGUUCUGACAAGUUCGCUCGCGGCUCAUAUUCAUCAGCCGGCCCGUCCAUGAAGUCUGAUGAUUACGACACCAUGGCCAAGACUGUUGGAAAUGUAAUAUUUGCUGGCGAGCACACAACCGGGACUCACCCUGCGACGGUCCAUGGCGCAUAUCUCUCUGGUCUUCGCGCGGCUUCGGAUGUCCUUGAUACCAUGCUUGGUCCUAUCAACAUACCUUCUCCACUUAUCAUACCCAAGGAAUCGUCUAUGUCACUGUCCUCCAGUGCUGUGAAAAGAAAGGCGGAUACGGUGCCACUCUCGCCUCAGGCUUCUAAACAGGCGCGCAUAGAAGCUCAUGAGGUUGCGGCAUGGCAGCACAUCAUUGAAAAGAUAGGCGACAGACCUUGGCGUCCUCAGAAGGUGGCAGGUAACUCCUACCUCCUCUACAGCAAGGCCAACUUUGACGCGGCACGCAAGCGUUGUGAAGAAGGUCGUCGGCUGGGUAAGGGCAAGCCGAGCCCCAACGAGGUCCGCGUCAUGACAAGCAAGAUGUGGAAAGAGGCCACUCCGGAGGAGAAGCGACCAUACGAGGACCAAGCCACGGAACAGAAGCGCGUCUACCAUGAAAAGCUCAAAGAGUGGGAGGUUGUGGUUAAGGAGUGGGAUAGCAAAGCUCUACAAGCUAGAGGAGAGUGGGAGGCGAAUGGAAACAAGCUCGUCCUUGAGGACAGCCCGUUUGACGAAGCAGCCGGCAGGGAGCGUAGGGGCCAGAAGGUCAACACGUAUGCUGAGAGUGACGGGAGCGACGUGGAGAUGGCAGGCUAG